AAAAAUGCCGGCUAUUUUGUAGCUUUCUGUUAACGUCACAUCCCUCCUUGAGUAUAUCCAAUCAGCACCAAGUAAUCCCCAAGCCCCAGCCAGGAGUCUUUCGGGGCCGUUCUGAGUACCUACCCCGAGGCAGGGACUUGUUUAGCCCCUGUAAAAGUUCCGGAACUCUGUCCUUAGGGGGCGGUUCCUGCGGUGGAGACACGCACCAACGGCCCCGGCCCCGUAAAAUUACCCCGAAGUUCCUGCGGUGGAAACGGGCCUAAAAUCCUUACUUGACGAAGUCAUCACCCUGAAAUCCCAGUGCACCUGAACGCAGCAUUAUGCAGCAGCCCCACUAACACUCUGGCAGCCACAUUUGCGAAACUGAAUGAGAGGCGAGAUGGAUGGAUGGUUGUCUCUGUUGUGCAUUUAAGGAUACGCUAUGGACACAAUGUUUCUCCAGGAGCUCCACUAUGCUUUUAUUGGUGUUAAUACUGAUCCUGAGCACAGUUACAGAAGGUCUCAAGGUGAUUGGAGGAAACAUCACCGUGGUGCAAGGGGAGACCGCCAUCUUACCCUGCAAACUCGUCGACACAGCAGAGCCCUUGACUCAGAUUUCAUGGCAGAAGAUGACCAGAGGAAAACCUCAGAAUAACAAUUUCUAUACAAUCUUGGCUAAAAACGGACCACAGUUUGUCAACGGACGUGACGAUCGAUUUGCAUUUGUCGGGAACUUUACCAACAACGAUGGAUCUCUGGAGUUAUCCAACACCACACUGAUGGAUGAAGGCACCUACACAUGUAUCUUCACUUUGUUCCCCAGUGGCAAUCACAAGACAGAGAUACCUCUAAAUUUGCUUGUGCCUCCGGUCAUAAGCCUGAAGAAUGAUCCUGUUACUUUGGGUGAUGAAGAAGUUUCCCUCGUUACCUGCACGGCUGCUGGUUCCAGGCCUCCUGCAGAGGUGGUGUGGAUCACUGGUACCCUGGAAAAAUCAGUGAGGAUAACAACCAACUACAGCUCGCAUGCCAACGGUACGACUACCACGGUCAGCUCACUGUUUGGAAUACCAACCAAAGAAAUCAACAGUCAUUCGGUCCAGUGUGUUGUCACCAGUGCAGCCAGGUCGGACAAAGAAACCCUCAACUUCAACAUACAGGUCUUCUUUCCACCGAUGGGAGUGAACAUUAUUGAGAAGUCUCAAGGCGUAUUUGAAUGUUUGACGGAAGCCAACCCACCCUCAACCUUUACAUGGCAAAGAAUCAGCCAGCCGAUGCCUCAGUCUGCUGUCAAAGUAGAAGGCGCAACACUGCAGCUUCUAAGCAUGACCUCCAACCUGAAUGGCCUCUACCAGUGUGAAGCAUCAAACCCUUACGGCAGUGAGCACAGUCACCUCUAUGUGCAUGUAAAUUCGGGGAAGUUUGGACAUCAAGGCCUGGAGCACUUUUGUAGCAACAUUCCUCCUGGGUUCCUCCCUAAUGGAAAGGUCAACUCGGGACACACUGGAGACUGGAUAUCCCACUUAGCCUUGGAAUGCUCUGGGUUGGGCUUAGGAGCUGACCUGGCUGCUGCGGCCUGUUGCUACCGUAACCCAGACAGGUGGAGGAUAAUGGAUUACAAACAAAUUACAAAACUACUGCUCAAAAACUUGCAGCAUGGUUUUCUUGUGAAAUGCUUCCUGUCAUGGUCAUUUCAUUUGUCUGUUUCUUAAGUAACUCAGGACCUGUCAGGUCAAGAAAAAAUAUCAAUAACAGUCAGUAGUGGCGUAGUUCUUUGGUGUUUGAAUGCAUUGUGCAAUAUGAAACGAAAUGCUAUGAAGCAGAGAAAAACAGUACAUGUUAGUAUAGCAUUUAAGACAAAAGAAGGAAAACAAACACAGGAAGCCUGCCUUCAUGACUAAAUGACGUUGAGAGAUUUCUUUCACAGCAGGUGUUUUGGCUUGUCGUAGCAGGAAAAGCUUCUCUGUCCUGGUGUAAUUGAGAACGUUGAAAUGGUAUGAAAUCCAUUUAGGCGGUCUGGUUCAAGGUCCUGGCAUUGUGCCUGCUAUCUCACUGUCGAGGCUUUCUGAGAAACUUCAUGUAACUGAGCCAUUGCUUACAAAAUGUGUUUAAAUGAAAAAAUGUAUGUGUAUGUGUGAGAAAUUAUUUAAGUCCACAUUUGUAGUUAUUAAGUGAAGAAGAUGACAAGGAAAAUGGUGAUUAUUGCACAUCAAAGUGUAAAUAGACUAUUUUUUGCUUUAACUUCUCAUUGUAAAGUAAAUGUUGAUUAAAAAACAAUAACUUCAAUUGAAUAAUGACACCAUCCGCAUCACCAUUGGUGGAGUUCCUCCCCUUCCAGUGACCCCCAUGGGCACUAAUUUUGGGAAAAAAUAUGUACAGAAGUCAACGGUGAAAGACAAAUCAUUUUUCGAUUGCUUUGAAUUUUGCUAUGAAUUACACAUAUGAUGUUUGUCUAUUUAAAAGAUCAUUUUUUGAGUCAAGAAAGUCUCAGUUUGUCGUCAAUUUGUCAUGGUACAAUUUAGUUUUGUUCAGUCAUUUCCGUAACGGCUUAUCCUGUUAGGUGUCGCAGGUUGGCUGGACCCUAUCCCAGCUGACAUUGGGCGACAGACAGUGUACCACACACAACACACAGAGACAGACAGCUCAAUUCAGUUUCAAUUUUAAUUAAUAAAGCCCAGUAUCACAAAUCACAAUUUGCCUCAGAGGGCUUUACAGUAUACGACAUCCCUCCAUCCUUAGGACCCUCGCAGCGGAUGAGGAAAAACUCCACAAAAAAACCCUUUAACGGGGAAAAGAUAUGGUAGAAACCUCAGGAAGAGCAACUGAGGAGGGAUCCCUCUUCCAGGACGGACAGACGUGCAAUAGAUGUCGUACAGAACAGAUCAACAUAAUAACUUUACAAGGAUCCAUACGACAAAAUGAUACAUAAAGAGAGAGACAGAGAGAGAUGCAGGACAGACAGUAAUGGCAGUAGCUUACAACAUUAAGUUAAGUAAUAAUAUAAUAAUUAUUAAGGCUAUUGUGGUACAAUAUGUUGUAGGUCUAUGUUAAUAUAUGAUAGUAUAUGUAUGUGACAAUAAUAAUAAUCAUAUUUGUAUAAUAACAGUAGAAGUAUGACUAAUGAUAACAGCAGCAGCAGGAGGCAUCUGGCAGGACCACGGCAGCAGCACAACCACACACGUCACACUAUCCAGGCACCGCUGUGAUAUAAGUUAACCUGCGAGACAGUGGAGCACAAAGGCUCCGGAGAAGAAGCCGGGUUAGCAAGAUGCAAUAACACGACAUGAGUGUUAGCAAAGCAGAGAGAGAGAAGGAGAGAAGGCGCAGUGUUUUAUAGGAGGUCCCCCGGCAGACUAGGCCUAAGUCAGCCUAACUAGGGGCUGGUCCAAGGCAAGCCUGAGCCGGCCCUAAUUAUAAGCUUUAUCAAAAAGGAAAGUCUUAAGUCUAGUCUUAAAUAUGGAGACGGUGUCUGCCUCCCGGACCGAAACAGGAAGAUGAUUCCACAGAACAGGAGCCUGAUAGCUGAAGGCUCUGGCACUAUGAGCUCUCUAAGAUAUGACGGAGCAAGACCAUUUAGAGCUUUAUAAGUUAGGAGAAGGAUUUUAAAUUCAGUUCUAGAUUUUUAGACAACCAUUCAUGCUCACAUUCACACCCACAGCCAAUUUAGAGGCACCAAUUUACCUGGCCGAAGCACCCGAAGAAAACUCGUGCUGACGUGGAGAACAUGCAAACUCCACACAGAAGGGCUUGCUCACCCCAGGGUUCAGAUCUCCCACCCUGGAUUCAAACCGGGAACAAUCUUGCUUUGAGGCGACCAUGCUAACCACCACUGUGCCACUUUCGUUUAGUGUUGUGUAAAUCUUCAUCUUACCUGACAUGUUUUAUCCCAUGAAGUGAAAGAAUGAGCGAGACCCAUUGCCUCUGUGAGUAUAUCCCAGUACUAAACGCACAAGCAUUGUAGCUUCAGCGAGCUAGGAGGUAUAGCUGCAGCUGUAGCGGCUACUUAACCCGCUCAUGAGCUACAUGACUCACCCACCAUAACCUACACAUCAGUCCACGAUCAGCCCCCUUCGUUCCCCUGGAAACAUAAGUCCUGAUGAAAAUGCUAUGUUAGCAUUUAGCUAGGGUGACCAUAUUUUGAUUUCGAAAAAGAGGACACUCGGCGCAGCCACGAGAUAGCCUACUUAAAUGAUACUCACAGUUUACUCAAAGAUGCCUUAUAAUUUUAAUAUAUUUAAAGUUUAUAUGUAUGGAUAGAAUAUUCAGUUAUAUUACAAAAUAAUAUCUCUCAAAGACAGAAAUUCAGAUAGGCCCCUAUAGAUAGGGGACACACACACACACUAGAGUGUGGCUACCCGAUCCGAGCCCGAUGGGUCCUGACGGGUCGGGCUGGGUUUGGUCAAAAAUGUAUAAAUUGUAUUCGGGUGUGGGUCGGAUUCGGUCAGCUUUCAGUGAAAAUGUAGUGUAAAAAUGAAUAAAAUCCUAUUGUCUGUCCUGUUUAUUGCUUGGGGACUGUUAUUUACGUAACAACACCUGAACAGAACACACACACACGUUGGCUGUUUGUUUCUACCUCUCCCCUCGCUGGAAGCCUCAGACCUCCCGCUGCCCGCCUCCGCCUUGAUUAAAUGCUGAAAAUAAAAUAAAAGAGGGAGACAGGUUUUCCUAUUUUAUUUUAUUUUGUUAUAUUUCUCCCUCUCCUCUCGCUGGAAGGAAGUUUGCUGCAUAGAUCAGCCUCUCAUUGUCAGAGGUCUUUGAUCUUGCGGGGAUGUAGCCAUUUUUCUGCCAUGGUUCGCGUCCUGUAGGCGAUAUUUUUGUGGGCGUGUUAAACCAAAGCCUGUUUCCCCCGGCAAUAUUUUUGCAAGGGCACCGUUGCUGUGGCACCGCCCAGAACAAUUGUGAUUGGUUGAAAGAAAUACAAGCAGCCAGGGCAUUUUAUUUUUUUCUCCAAUCCUAAAGUGAGAGUCGGCCCAGCCAGUCAGGUGAGCGAGACUAGGGUAAUGGUAAUGGGAAGGGUUGCAUUGUUUCUUAUAAGGUGAAUCUCGGCCGCAUUUAUCAUUUGCUAUAAAGUGGAUUAUUGCCACUCUUGGCCUCAUAUUUGUUCAUUACAACUUUGUGUCGUAGCAGGGUUCAGAUAACCGUCAUGUUGGUUGGUUUAUCUUGCAUUAGUGGUGGGCGCAGUUUGAAGGUGAGUGACAUGCACACUUAAAACGUAAUGUGUCUGCAGCUGUACAUGUCUUAGCAAGAGGGACAGUUAUGACAUCACCCACACAACUUAGGCAGUCACUCUAAUGCCAUUUUUUUAGUCUUAUACUUCAACAGUUUUACGAAGUGUGACUUUCUUGACUUGCAAAAUUAUCUUUUGAAAUUGAUGAACAUCAUGUGUAAUUCAUGACACAGUUCAAACAGGAUAAAAUAAAAUUACUAGUCGCUCCCCAUUGACUAACGUACAUAUUUUUUUCUGAAACAAGAACCCAUGGUGGCCCACUGGAAGGAGAGGGGCAUCACUUUCAGUAUUCAAUUCUAUCUGCCACAAGGUGCAAUUUCCCAGGAAAAUGGAGGCUUGAUUUAUGCCACAAAGGAAGUAAGUUAACUAAUGUGCAACCAAAACAGGAAGAGGGAAGCGCUUUUGUUUUCCCUGGUAGCUAUUGGUAGCUAUCCAAAGUUACCAAAGAGUAACAGUGUAAGUUCUUUGCAGUUACUAACUCCAGUUGUGGACAUAGCGGACGAUGGAACAACCAGAGUAGCCUGUGUGUGUGUCUCAUGUUGUCGAUAGAAAAACUUUGGAAAAAUUUGUAAGCAUUUAAAAAAUACAUUUGAAUAUGCACACUGUGAUCUUUAAAGAAUCUGACUCCAUUAUCAAUAAGUGAAUGAUGGCCAAGAUGCACACUGGAACUCAACCAGUCCAUCAACUGACCUGUUGUAACUUAAUCCAGGUAUUUUUUCCUCUCCAGUUUCCCCCACUUAUUAAAACCCAGAGCUCCUAGAUUCAUGAAAUCUGGUUUGACUGCUUAAGGAGCUGAGACACCGCUCAGUCAAAACAGACUUAGGUUAAGCUUUAAAUUGGGAUUCAUUGCAGGGCUGUUGUACUGGCAGUGUAUAUCAGUAUUUGCUGUUAUUGUAUUCUGUGUUUUGUCUCC